CGGCGGAAGCUGAAUCUUGAUCACGUCGGUAUCUUGAUCUCGCCGAUGUCUUCAUCUCGUCGGUGUAUUCAUCACGUCGGGGUCACCAAUUGUAGAGCGUUAUUAUUGUGGGCGAUAUGUGAAGGUGUACUUUCAAGCGAUCAAGAAGAAAAGGGAUUCGUUCAGCCUUUGGAUUUUGGUUCAUUAUUUGAAUCCAGCGAUUCCGGCAUCGCAUCGCUGGCAUCGCAACCUAUUGCAGCGGCGAUACUUAAUGUAGAUAAGAGCAAAUAUCCACAAUUAUUCGAUACUGUAGUCAGUAGUUCUAUUGAUUCAUUACAAACUCGCCUCUCUCCAGCAGAAAGCGCUUUUUCAGCUGAACAUUUCGGUUUCGAUCCUAUUGCUAGUAAAAGUUUUCAUCCACAAGUGAAGUCAGCUAAAUUAGUUGAAAAUUCUAAACAAAUCCAACAACCACAACAUUUAGUGCCUAUUGGGCAACAGCUCGGUCCCUUACGAUAUGACAUUAGAACUGUGCAUGAUGCAGAUUAUAAGGUAUACAAACCUGAAGAAAAAGAACAGGGUGAAGACAUUUUAGCAGCAUUGAAGAACAACCCUUCUGUUGCAGCAUAUUUUCAACCCUCGGUUACGAACGUUGAAGUCUCUCAUCCUUUAAAUUAUCGUAAGGAAGAAUUGGUAGAUAAUUCUGAAAAUGAUAAAAACUACAAGCUAAAUGCUUAUAUUGCAGGACCCGCACGUAUACGACGGUACACAGGUGGAAGGCAGAGAGAAAAUUUAAGAAAGAGCAGUGAGGAGGAUGAUGAUCCAUACGAUUAUAAAGCGGAAUAUAUUUCAAAACCCAAAGCUUUUGAUAGUGAACUUUAUAGCAGCGCUUAUAAAGAAGAAAAAAACCCUAAAAAAGAUUAUGAAUACCCAUACGAUUACGACUCUGGAUAUGACCAUAAAGAAUACGAGAGAAUAAAGGAAUUAUCUGAACAACAAGCUGCAGAAAUAAAAAGAAAUCCUGGUAACUGUAAGGAAGUUAAGAAAGAUGACAUGACUUGUAUGAUUUGUAAAGAUCCCAAAACAGGAGGAAAUUAUGAAUCUUGUUCUUAUGUGGCGGAACCUAAAAAUAAUAAAUAUGCAUAUUCAAAAGAAAAAAAGUUUGACAGCAAUGAUGAACCUGAUGAACCAGAGAGUGAUCAAAAACAGGAGCAGCCAUCAAAAUCUGCAAAAUAUGAAGUAGCUAAAGACAGUCAAGAGGAUUCUGGCGCGGAAUCUGGAAAACCUUAUAGUCAUUAUAAAAGUGGAAACAAAGAUGACGAUAAUUCUAAUGACAACUAUAAAGCUUAUUAUGUACAUACGUCUAAACCAAAGCCAAGUGAAGCAUUGCGAGCGGCAAGCGAAAAGGAAAGUUCUGAGGAAAGUACUGAUUCAUUAGCUAAACCUUAUAAUUAUAAGAAGGCCUUACCUGGAUUCUACUCUGACAACGAACCUAAGAAAGACGUAGAACAUGUAUUAGCUGAAUUUAAAAAAAAAGAUAGGUCAGCUUGCAAAAAAGUACAAAAGAAUGGAAUGACAUGCUUUCAGUGUCUGGACAAAACUGGUUUAAAACACGAGGAAUGUAUGUUUGUGUCUGAAUCUGCUCCAAAGCGGAGCCACCUUGCUUAUCAGGAACUUAAAGAAUUUACAUCAAAACCUGCCACUAUUGACGGAGGUAACGAAGGUGCUGAGAGCCAAACAGUUACUACAAGUGCACCGCCAGCACAACCGAAAUCGGCUGCCUACGUUGUAGCAAAUACUGGUUACGGUAAGAAGUUAAAACGAAAGAAAACUCCUCAGGCCAUCAUAACUGCUGCAGCAACAAACCCUGUGGCAAGUUCAGCUACUCAUACUUUACCAUCCAAACAACCGAUAACGGCAACGCAACGACAAAAGAGAAGCGUGGUAUCAGAAGGAGAGGCUAGAGCUCAAAUUGUUGACGAAACUAACAUAGCGGCACCUGAAGAGUUCGCAGGAGCUAGCUCUAAGGGUGCUUUCUGGGCCGAAACUAUGCCUAGAUAUAGUGCAGCUUUAGGUGUGACUUUACCUGAGUACAUGUUGUCAAGGUCAGAACACGAAGCUUCAUUUGACGAACUAAUCGCUGGUGUGUAGUGAUUAAGACUACUUAUCUUGCUUUCAGUACAAUAUUAAUAGAGCGUAUCGAUUGUAAAAACCACUUAAAUAAAAUCGAAACAGAAGGUACGGGUAACAGAUAUUUGUUACGUAAUUAACUAAGAUUUCACAGACAGACGUGCUGCUAAUCAGCAUGAAGUUACAAAACAAAUCUGAAAGAACUGGAACGAAAAAAAUAAGUAGAAAGUUAUUUACAUUAUGUUAUGGUUGUUGACUGUAAUACAACAGGCGACAUUAUGUGAUAUUGAUGCAAUAUAAAUACUUAAUUAUGUUGUUGAAUAUUUGACUGUGAAUUAUUAUUUGAUAUUU